GAUCACUGUACUGUCAGACAGACAGGUAGACAGUCAGACAGGUUCAGAGAGACAGACAGGAGAAUAGUGAGACAGGAUCAGACAGACAGGGAGUGUGAGGUGUUUUCAGCAGCGUCAGUGGGAGGGACCUGUCUCUCUCUCUGCCUGUCUGUCCCUCUUGUAGGAGGAGAUUCAUUUACUCCACAUCACUGCAGAAACACAGAGGGGGCGAGAGAGGUUUAAACCGACAAAGGGAGACAGAGAGAGAGAAGGGAGGAGCAGAGGGGGGAGGGGAGGAGAUUUAAACAUCGGAGCAGCAGGAGGAGGAGGAGGAGGAGGAGGACGUUGAAGAUGAGGAGAAAAGACAAGAAACAUGAACCGACAGGAGCUCCAACUGAAGUUGGUGUAUGAGUCGAGGUGAGGUGGCGUUGGGCUGGGCUUAGCCUGCUGAGCCACAGUGUGAUUAGUGGGUGGUGAUGAUUGCGACUGGCGGCCUCCUGCGAAUCAACGCCCGGCGACAAGACUCACUGAGGUCCAAACCUCAGAAACCACACACACACAAGAAGAAGAGCAAGAAGAGAAGGAGUGAGGUGGUGGUGGUCAAGGGGAAGUUGAAGCUGUGCUCAGUCUCAGGUCUCGUGGCUGCGCUCGGUAUCCUGGUCCUGCUCGUUGGUGUGGUCAUGGCAGCUCUGGGCUACUGGCCUCGAGACGGACUGUUCUUCAGGUCUCAGCCACAGGAGGGCGCCGCGAUGGCCUCAGUGUCAUCCAUCAGCUCCACACCUGCACCUGCUGGCACUCAGGGAGGAGAAAGGGGGGAGGAACGCCAAGGAGAAGAAGGAGAUGACAGAGGGGGAGGAGACAAAGGAGGAGGAGAUGAAGAAGAUGGAAGAGACGACAGAGGGGGAGGGGACAAAGGAGGAGGUGAUGACAUGUUUAACCACACAGAAACUCUCAGCGAGACAACCCGACGGCCUUCACGAGGAUUUCUGGAGGAUUUUCUGGACAGGUAUCUGUACUCUGAUAGGCUGAAGGUCUUUGGUCCUCUCAUCAUGGGCAUUGGUAUCUUCCUGUUCAUCUGUGCAAACGCCGUCCUGCAUGAAAACCGGGACAAGAAGACGAAGGUCAUAAACCUGCGGGACAUUUACUCCACUGUCAUCGACCUCCACAGCCUCCGCAGACCCAACAGCUCCACCUCCUACUCCGCCCGCCGCUCCUCAACCAAUCCACUCAACGGCCUUGUUAACUACAUCCAAUCAAAGAGCCUGGAGUCUAAACCCAGGGUUUACCCCACCUCCCUGAUGAAUAGGAGGGAGGGAGGAAGGUGGGAGGAAGGAGGUGGGGUGUUGUCAAGGCAACAGUUGCAUGUCAGCAGCAGAGAUGAAGGUGGGGGUAGUGAUGGAGGAGGAGACACAGUAUUCAGUAUCUACCAGGAGCAUCCAGAUGUACCCCCUACCCUUUCCUCCUCCACCUCCCACAGACUGUCCCUCCCCCCGAGCUUCAGCCCACCCCUCCUCUCGACCUGCUGGACCUCCCUGCAGAAGGAGGAACUCAGCUCAUUCACCUUACCCCUGCGCCGCUCACGCCCUCCUGCCCCUCGCAGGAGGCACUCAGCUCGAGCUGGAACGGGCCGGAGCUGGAGGGACGGUGGGGGAGGAGAGGUGAAGGGGAGGGUCGGGGGAGGCAGCAUACAGGAGGAUUCAUGUAUGCCGUAUCCUCUUUGCUUCUCCAACCCGCCCCCACCUAGAUCCUUCCAGGAGGUGACAUCAAGAGGCUCCCAGGCCCUACUCCUCCUCUCCUCCUCCUCCCUCACCCACUCACACCUGUCUCUCUCCUCCCUGUCUCACCUCCUCUCCUCCUCAUCCAUGCCACCCCCCCCCUGUAGGAGGCGGAGCCUGCCGACCGGCAGCAUCAUCACAGGUUACAGUAAACUGACGCACGGAGAGGACGAAUCAUUUGAGUCGACUGAGAUUACGUCAUCACAUGUGACAUCACAGGCCAGCAGGCUGAGGUCAGAGGAAGUGACAUCACAGAGGAAGUACUCGAACAGGGAGAAGCUGAGGAUUAUUUCACAGGUGGAUUCUGGUCUAAGGCAGGAGGAUGAGGGAUGAGGAAGUGGGAUAACCAAUCAGAACUGUCUCAGUAAGUGACAGCACAACUCACAGGUCAUAUGACUUUUUAAUGACAUCAGCGUUACAUCACAGAUUCACUUUAAACUUGAAGGAUGUUCAAAACAGUCACAGAUGGUAAAGAUCCUUUAUUUAGACUGCGCUGAUGAAGAUGAUGAUGAAGACAGGGAGAUGAUGAAGAUGAUGAUGAAAAUGCUGCUGGACCAUGGACAUUACAGGAAGUCGUUGACAUGUAGCAAUAAGAGUCUUCCAGAUGAAUGAAUGAAUAACAGCACAACAGUAAUGAACUGAUGAAUUCUUUUAAUUUGCAUUAAUCAAAUGAUCACACAGACUAGGAAUGUUUUUAUAUGGAAUCAUGACAUGGAUGGGGGGUGGGGGGCGUUAAAAGCAGUCUAUAGACUAAAAAACUUAGUAAUAAAAAGUCCUCCACUUGACCUUUACCCCCCAAAACAAAACAGUUGUUGAAUAGCUGAAUUUAUCAGUUUAUCAUUUGUAAAUUUCAAUGAAAUCCUGAAAUUACUUUUGGAAUUUAACUGUUACUAUAAUGGGAUGGGGGUAGGGGUGGGGGGGCUUCGUCUGAACAGCACAAAAACAAAAACCAUCAGACGAUUGAAAGACAGAGAGACAGUUUCACUCUGAUCUGCUUCCUCUGUUUCAUCAGUGAAUCCCAAUAAAGCACAUCCACUUC